AUACAAAAGCGAAAUGUUUAGCUAGUCAUCGUACAACUGCUCAUAUGCUUAUGAAACCAUCCUUGUCAAUCAAUAAUCAUAAAAUUCAUGAGAAACCAACAAAACAUGUAUCUUGUACAUUUAUAUCCACAAAUUCAUUAAGUCGAAAUGAAAAUACUUCACCACCACGAAUCUCAUCAUCAUCAUCAUCAUUAUCAUCGUCACAUUAUUGGAAUCAAACACAUAAAUUGUAUACAACCAUGCAACUUACUGCAGAAUCCACAAAUAAUAUGAAUUUAUUGAGAAAAAAAAUUGAAACACAAUUUAUUCAAUGGAUUUUAGAUAUGUUGACUCGUGCAGAUUUUGAAAGUA